AUGUACGUAUAUUUUGGGGCAGAAGGAGGGGGCGGCGGUGGUGGUGGUGGCAGCGGCGGCGGCUGGAAUAACGGCGGUGGCUGGAAUAACGGUGGUGGCGGCGGCUGGACGAGCGGUGGCGGCGGUUGCAACGAUCGUGGCGGCGGUGGUAACGACCGUGGCGGCGGUGGUAACGAUCGUGGUCGCGGUGGCGGCGGUGGCAACGAUCGUAGUCGUGGCGGCCGCGGUCGUGGUGGCCGUGGCAGAGCGGACCCUCCAGAGGUCCCUGCAGAGGGACCCGCACCCGCCUACAGACGCCAGCGGUGCGAGAAUUGUGGCUGGAAUGGCCAUGUGGCUGACUCCUGCCACAAGACUGCGGUGGAAGGAGCAGCCACAAAGGCUGCCAGGGCAGCUGAAAAGGCUGAAGCUGCAACAACAGCAACAACAACAAAUAUGACACAGGUAAAUGUUUGUAUAAGGAGUUUGUGA